ACAUAAACCACCCCAUUACCCACCGGAGAAACCCUCGCCAUCGCCGAGAAAAAAAACAACACAACCACCUUCACCUGAAAAAAUGGAGGACACCGGUGAAAUGAAGCAAGAGCUUCAACUUCAACUCUACAAACUUCACCACAUAAAAUCAGAGGAAACUCUAAACCACAUACUCUCCACUCUCUGGAACACAAGGAAAACCGGUCUUCCCCCUUCCGAUAAAUCGCAUUUCCAAUCCCUUCUCAAUCUCUCUUCACAUUCCCAACUCGAUCCUGUGUUGGCGUGCCUUCGAUGGCUUAUCAGAAAAUUUGUUUAUCAAAACUGGAGCGACGACGAGCUUCUCAAAUUAUUUCCUGACGAUCUUCCGUUGCAGUUGCAAACCAUUCUUUUACUCGCUUUCCAGAAAAAUCGUCAUCGCUGGAAGCAAGAUAUAUCUUCACAACAACAUGAUUUGUUGCCAAGGACAACUGUUUUGGAUCAGGCCCCUCCAUCUUUUUCUUCAGCACCUUCUUCCUCGAUGUCAACAUCUAUGAGGCCACGUCAAGAAGAUGAUGCUCUUUCCCAGCUUGAUAUCGCUUCUUCUGAGAACUUGCUACUUGAGGAAAACCUUCCUUACCUCAAAUCAAUGACAUGGACGAUGGAGAAUCGCGGCGCAUCCCCUGCAGAUAGAGUGGCUAUAAUCACCCUUAAGCUGCAGGAUUGUAGUAACUCUCCAUUAGGCGAAACAGAGCUCAAGUUUCAGCUCACAAAGGAUACAUUUGAGGCUAUGCUGAGAUCACUGACAUACAUCAGUGAACAGCUAAUUGCUGUUGGGACUACUUCCAGGCCAGCAAACAAGAAACAAAGGAAGUAACUUGUUUUCUGGUAAUGUCUCAUAGGUUAGGAAUACUUAUAAAUAUUAAGACAGUAUCUCAUACUUUUAGAUGAAGAAAGUGAAAAACAGAGCUAGUAAAAUAAAAAGAACAUGGCUCUGACAUGCUUUGUAAUUCCAUUCUUUCAUGGAUGACAUUGAAGUAAGCUUCCAGCUUGUUGUAAACAGUUUCUCCAUCUUAAGAUUUGUACUAGUCAAGAUAUGGAUACAAUGCUUUCUCUUUUAACUUUUUGUUUACCUUGAGAUUGA